UAUUCUCAGCUCUAUAUAAACCCUCACAAGCCACAAACAAGGCCAUCACCACCAUUGGCAGCCAUGGAGAAAAGGAAGUGAGAAAGAGAGAGAGAGCAGCUGUCAGCAGCAUAUCUGAUUAGCCAAGAAAGCAAGGUAUCGUUAGGAAAGGGACGAAGGAAAGGAGAGGGAGUGAUGGAACAACAUCAUCUUUCUUCUUCCUCUGAAUCUUCUCCUCCUCCGUUUUCAUCGUCAUCGUCGUUGUCGAUGAGGCAGUGCAGGAUUUGCCAUGAGGAGGAGGAUGAAUGCUGUGCCGCAAUCGAGUCUCCCUGUGGAUGCUCCGGCUCUCUCAAGUAUGCUCACAGGGGUUGUGUGCAGAGGUGGUGUGAUGAGAAGGGAAGCAUCCUCUGUGAGAUUUGCCUUCAGAAUUUUGAGUCAGAUUACACCAUCCCUCCCAAGAAAGUGCAUGUUGUUGAAACGGCAGUCACUGUCAGUGACGAGGAGAUGCUCCCUGAGGAGCCCCUUGAGGAUCAGGAGCUGUAUGCAGCAUCCGAGGCACAGACGGGUCAUGGAGAUUGCUCCUCAUGGUGCCGGUCAUUGACGAUAACGUUCACCGUUAUGCUGCUUGUGUGGCAUCUCAUUGCAGUGGUGACAAUUGAAGCAGCAGAUCACUGUGCCUUCAGCCUCAUGACGAUGUACUUACUUCGGGCUGCUGGAAUCUUGUUGCCGUUCUAUGCUAUCAUGCGGAUGGUCCGCAUGAUUCAGCAGGGCCAACAACAGUUUCGGUUGCAGCUGCUUCAGGAUCAACGGAGAAGAAAUGCACCAAACCUGCACAGUAUGCAUGGCCAGGAGCAGCAGCAGCUUGUAAUUAGUGUUCACUGAACAGAUGAAUUUAAAUGAUUCUACAAUGCAAGCUCAUAGAAAUGUGCAUUCUGUAUUGAGGGGAAUAUGUUCAACAAGAGUAUCAUUUGUAAACUUAUAGUAUAUUUAUAGAUGGCAUAGUGAAAACUAAAAAUCUGCAGUCUGACUCGUUUCAACUUCACAGUGCCAUGAAUGUCUCGAAUAUGAAGUCAAACUAGAGUGAAGAUUGUAACAGGAUAAAAUGACUUAUUUCUCAUGCUUCUUAUUUUCUUUAACGACCAAGUAUUGAUAUAUCAAGAUGA